AAACGAAAAUAGGGUGAAGUGGUAUCAAAGUGGAAAAGCACAUGAGAGAACCAGAAGACCCUGGAAUGAGCAAGAAAAUGAGGACAGGGGAAGGAAGCAUCAGAGUGGACAAGCCUUUGAUGGAGCUAGAGGGCCGAGGAAUGGGCAGGAAAAUGAAGGUAGAGGAAGGAGGAUGCAAGUCGGGGAGAAUCCUCGUUUCUUCCAGAACUCUAACCCAGGUGGUGCCCAGAUUAGUGAGCAGCCUCAGCAAACCAAAAGGAUUGGUUACAAGUUCCUAGAAAGUCUCCUCCAGAAAGACCCUUCUGAAAUUGUUAUCACGCUUGCUUCCAAUUUGAGUUUGAAGGAACUUCUUUCCCAAACUUCUAUGAAACCCUCUUUCCUUCAGCUCAUCUGUCAGGUGCUUCGAAAGGCAUGCAGUUCCCGGAUGGAUCGACAGAGUGUCCAGCAGCUUCUUGGAGUGGUGAAGGAGUCCAACUUUCUUAAGAUCUGUCUGCCGCAGUACGUGUCUGACAUGAUAACAGAGGCAGUUCCUGCUGUACGACAUCAGUACCCUGAGCAUAUUGGCAACAUCAUCUCACUUCUUCAGGACCUGGUCAGUAUUUUCCCAGCAAGCUCUGUACAGAACAUCUCCAUUCUUUUGACAGUCUUGCCAGUAUCUUUAAAUGCCCUGCGAGCUUCUGGUGUGGAUAUCACAGAAGAAACAGAGAAGAAUCUAAAUAAGGUCCAGAUGCUUGUGCAGCACUUGCAGGAGAAGAGACGGGAAGGCACACUGAGGGCUGACAACUAUAGCCUUAUGCAACCUCAGGCUGAUGGUCAGGAAGAAACCUAUCGUCAAAUGGCUAUUUAUCCAACAUAUAAUGAGGUACAUAAUGAUGAGAAACCCUUUCUACGCCCCAAUAUAGUUUCUGGAAGAUAUGAGAGCACCAGCAUUUAUCUGGACACUCAUUUCCGCCUCCUGAGAGAAGACUUUGUAAGGCCUUUAAGGGAAGGGAUCCUAGAACUUUUGCAGAGCUUUGAGGACAAGGGUUUGAGGAAGAAAAAAUUUGAUGACAUCAGGAUCUAUUUCGACACACGUAUUAUCACCCCCCUCUGCUCCUCAUCUGGUAUUGUUUACAAGGUCCAGUUUGAUACAAAGCCAUUGAAGUUUGUACGAUGGCAGAAUUCCAAAAGGUUACUGUAUGGAUCCCUGGUGUGCAUGUCUAAAGAUCACUUUGAAACAUGUCUUUUUGCUACUGUCUCAAAUCGCCACAGUGCAGAUCUGGCCCAGGGGAUUGUGCAACUAUGUUUUAAUGCACAGAGCCAGGCACUCCUGGCAGAGGUUCAACCCUCGGACUCAUUCCUCAUGGUAGAGACAACUGCUUAUUUUGAGGCCUAUCGGCAUGUGUUGGAAGGCUUACAGGAAAUCCGUGAAGAAGAUAUUCCAUUCCAGAAGUACAUUGUGGAAUGUGAUGUACAUGUAAAGGAGCCAGCAUACCUGACAAUGGGCUCUACCUAUAACUUUGCACCCCUGAUGGAAGAUCCUCCAACAGAUGAAGAGAUGUAUCCUGAUGGCUUGAGAAGGCAGAGCGUCAAUGUUCUAGACCCUAACCAGUGGCCUACAAUGGAAGCUUUGAAAUUAGAUGAAUCUCAGAUGCAGGCAUUGAGUCUUGCACUCACCAAGGAGCUGGCUAUUAUUCAAGGACCUCCUGGAACUGGGAAGACCUACGUGGGUUUGAAGAUUGUUCAGGCUCUCUUGACAAAUGAGCAUAUGUGGCAAAGUGUGGUCCAGAAAUCACCCAUCCUUGUAGUGUGUUACACUAACCAUGCACUGGAUCAGUUCUUAGAAGGAAUAUACACAUUCCAAAAAAGUGGGAUGGUGCGUGUUGGGGGAAGAAGCAGCAGCGAGGUCCUGAAACAAUUCACCUUGAGGGAGCUGAGGAAGAAGUGUGAAUUCCGACGCAACUUGCCAAUGCAUCUUCGCAGGGCCUAUGUGAACAUAACCAAUCAGAUGAAACAGGCUGAGCAGGAGCUUCAUGAAGGAGCAAAGCACUUGGAGUGCACUACAUACGGAGUGCUGCACGAGCGCCACUUGGAAGCGUGCAUUGCCCCCCGGCAUUGGGACAGUCUGAUGAAUGGUCUGGAUAAAGAGGAGUUUUGCUACAGUGGUUCACGACACUCAGUGAUUGUGGAGUGGUUGGGCCUUGGUGCAACUGUCUUCACCCAGACUGCUGUAGAGAACCUAGGGGCUGAGAAUCCAGGUAAGAACCUUGUCCUCUCAGAAGAGGAGCUCUUGGAAAUCCAAGAGGAGGCUGACCUGAUUCAAGCUGACAGAGUGAUUGAGGAUGAAGAGGUAGCAAAGCCUCAGAGGAGGAAGGAGGAAGAGCAAAGGGUUGUUCAUGAACUGGCCAGUGUGCUGCUGGCUAUGAAGCUGGAGAACCAGGAAGAAGGAACAGCCCAACCACAGCAGAAGGCUAUGCAGUGGGAGAUGACUGCUGCUCAGAAGAAAAAAAUGAAACAGAAGAUGAAGGUUGAGCUCCGUAAACUGAGUGCAGUGACAGAGCUGGAGGCCAAGACUAUUCAGAAUGUGUGGCAACUUGACCUGAAUACUCGCUGGAGGCUUUACAGGCACUGGCUGCAGACAUAUCAGAGCUUUAUUCGACGGAGGAUUCUGCAAUAUGAACAGCAGUACCAGGCAGCAGCCGAGAGGCUGGCAGAACUGAGGCUGCAGGAAGAUCUCUGCAUUCUCAGAGAAGCUCAUGUUGUGGGGAUGACAACUACUGGUGCUGCCAAAUACCGUCAGAUCUUGCAGAAAGUGGAGCCACGAAUUGUAAUUGUAGAAGAAGCAGCAGAGGUGCUGGAGGCUCACACCAUUACUACUCUGAGUAGAGCUUGUCAACACCUCAUCCUAAUUGGUGAUCACCAGCAGCUGCAGCCUAGUGCCAAUGUGUAUGACCUGGCCAAGAAUUUCAAUCUGGAAGUCUCUCUCUUUGAACGACUGGUGAAAGUCAAUUUCCCCUUUGUCCGCCUGAGAUACCAACACCGCAUGCGUCCUGAAAUUGCCCAGCUUCUCAGUCCUCAUAUAUACCAAGACCUGGAGAACCAUCCAUCUGUCCUGAAAUAUGAAAACAUAAAAGGGGUCCUGUCUAACCUCUUCUUUGUGGAGCAUGACUUUCCUGAGCAAGAGAUCCAGGAAGGGAAAAGCCACCAGAACCCACAUGAGGCCCAGUUUGUAGUGGAGUUGUGCAAAUAUUUCCUGUGUCAGGAUUAUCUGCCUUCUCAAAUCACCAUUCUCACCACCUAUACUGGGCAGCUUUUCUGUCUGCGCAAGCUCAUGCCAGCCAAGACCUUUGAAGGGGUGAAGGUUCAUGUCGUGGAUAAAUACCAGGGAGAAGAGAAUGAUAUUAUCCUGCUGUCACUUGUGCGGAGCAACAAAGAAGAGAGAUCUGGGUUCUUGCAGAUCUCUAAUCGGAUAUGUGUAGCAUUAUCCAGAGCUAAGAAAGGGCUGUAUUGCAUUGGAAACAUGAGAAUGCUUGGUAAGGUUCCUCUCUGGAGCAAGAUCAUUCACACUCUCCGGGAGAAGGGCCGCAUAGGUCCCUCAUUGAUGCUUUGCUGCCAAAACCACCCUGAAACCAAGACACUGGUAUCUACAGCAGCAGACUUCAGCAGAGUCCCAGAAGGAGGCUGCAGUCGUCCCUGUGAAUUUAGAUUGAGUUGUGGACAUGUUUGCACAAGGGCAUGUCACCCAUAUGACACAGAGCACAAAGAGUAUCAGUGCCUGAAGCCUUGUCAGAAGGUGCUUUGUAGAGAUGGGCAUCGCUGUCCACAGUUGUGCUAUGAGCCGUGUGGACAAUGCAUGGUGAAAGUGGAGAAAAUUAUUUCAAAGUGUGGCCACUCACAGAUGGUGCCAUGCUCUACUCCAGACACUGAGUUUUUUUGCCAAGAAGCUUGUCAGAAAAAGCUGAAUUGUGGACACACAUGCACUAAAUGCUGUGGACAGGAAUGCACCACAAGGUGUCCUGAGCUGGUUACAGUUACAUUGAAAUGUGGCCAUAUCCAGCAAGUGAAGUGCUGGAUCAGUGAGGAGAUGAAACAUGGGAUGCCUGUGGAGUGCAAAUCUAAGUGUUCUGUCACACUGCAGUGUGGUCAUGUGUGCCAAGGUUCCUGUCAUACCUGCUUCGAAGGAAGAUUUCAUAAGCCCUGUAAGAGCCCAUGCAAACGCUUCUUAGUCUGUUCCCACAGGUGUCAGCAGCCGUGUACUACAGAAUGCCCUCCAUGUCAGCUGGACUGUCAGAACCAUUGCAUUCACAGCAGAUGUAAAAAGAAAUGUGGAGAGAGCUGCUUUCCAUGUGCAGAGCCAUGUGAAUGGCGAUGUCAGCAUUACCAGUGUACCAAUCUUUGCUCUGAACCAUGCAACAGGCCUCGUUGCAAUGUUCCAUGUACAAAACUUCUGCCCUGCGGACAUCCUUGUAUUGGCUUGUGUGGAGAGCCCUGCCCUAAGAAGUGCCUUGUCUGUGACCACAAAGAAGUCACCCAGAUCUUUUUUGGCUUUGAGGAGGAUCCAGAUGCUCGAUUUGUACAGCUUGAAGACUGUGGCCAUGUCUUUGAGUCCUAUGGCCUUGAUCACUAUAUGGAGGAAGAUGAUGAUGUCAUCAAGCUGAAAGUGUGCCCUGUCUGUCAGACACCCAUUAGGAAGAAUCUGAGAUAUGGCACCAUUGUACAAAGGCGGCUGAAUGAGAUUGAGAGAGUGAAAGAGAAAAUACAAGGCCCAAUACAAGAAAUUGAAUCUAGCAGACAAAGCCUACAGGCUGCGCUAGCAGGGAAUACUGUUCUGCGGAGGAAUCUGCCCCUUAAGUACCUUAUGUUGGAAGAUAAACUGAGAGCCUCUGGUCUAUCCACAAAGAGCAUUGGACUAAUUGAGAACCAGCUUAACUUCUACAGCCGUCUAGCUGAUCUGACCAAUUCUAUGAACAAAAUUGAGGUAAAGGAGAGAAAUGGGCUGAGGAAGCGGCUGGAUGAAGUCCAGGAGUGGCUGGAUAGGGAGCGCAUCAGUUUUACAGGGCAGGAGCUCUCAGACCUACAGGUUGAGAUCCAGAGACUGACCUACUUGGUGAGCCUCCUAGCAAGAUGCAAUAGUGCGAGCGGGCGGAUAACCCCCGCUCUUGCCAAGGAGAUUGCCAGUGUCCGUGUCAUCCUGGAGGGAACAAAGAAGUUCACAGAUGAGGAUGAGGCUGUGGUGAAGGCUAAACUGGAGGAGCUCUGCAGUGCCCUGCCUGCCUCAGGGCUGGGCAUCUCUGAGGCAGAGCGGGUGCAGAUCGUCAGCGCCAUUGGCUGCCCUCGCGGUCACUGGUUCAAGUGCAAAAACGGGCACAUCUACGUGAUCGGGGAGUGCGGGGGCGCCAUGGAGAGGAGCAGAUGUCCCGAGUGCUCCGCGGCCAUCGGGGGAACGAACCACACCCUGGACAGCAGCAACAGCCUGGCCCCCGAGAUGGACGGGGCCACGCACGCCGCCUGGUCCGACGCGGCCAACAACCUGCUCGGCGGG